CGACGCUGCGAUCGCAUUGAGGAAUAACACAUGCAGGGCCUGGGACUGUGGAGAAGGAGCGAUGGAGCGAUUGAUGGAGAUGCGGUCACAUGUGCUCGUCUGUUUGGGCCUAGCGCUGGACACUUUCAAUGACGUAAGCUAUCGAUGGACGCGUCGAGACGCGUUCUCACAACGCUAACGCUUCACGAUCGCUUUGUCUGCACUCCUUUCGCGAGGGCAUUUGGGCAUAUACAAAGAACGCGAUGAACAUUGCCGACACUGUAUCACGAUCCAAGAGCCGCUAUACCAAAUGGACACAAGACAGAAAUUCACUAAACUCCCUCUGAAGGCGACACAGCUUCCACCAUAACCAUGCGUCAAGAAAUCACAGUCACACAGAAGUCACCGGUACCCAAAUCCUACGGCUUCCUUCCGAAAGGCGACCGCUACAAGACGUUACACUGCCGCAAACUCACCCACGAAACCGGCCGCCCGUUGUACAUUGUCCUCGACGACCAAAAGAGAACGACUGGCAUCCGCAUCCCCUUGAGCGUCCUGCACAAGGUCAAUAAGCAGGCAAAAGAAACGCUAUCAACUCGUCGGGAAGCCACAAUAAAACGUGAUGCGACUGACAUCACGAAAGCAGCAGCUGAGAUAGACGUGCAAUUCCCGAAGAUCCCGGCGUCAGAGGAGAAAGCGGUACUCAAGCACGGCUUCAAGAAGCAUUCUGGUAGAGUCGGUCGAACGAGCUCGAUACCAUUAUCACGGAAGAUCUUGUUUGCCGUCAUUGCGCAUAUACGGCAUAGGCACACUGACUAUGAUGCCUUGCUGAAGGGUGGAAAGAGCAGGGAACAUGCGAGGAAGACCACGAGAGAGGGUAUCGAGACGGUGAUGAGGAAGUGGGGAUACUCUAAAGGUGCGGAAAGGAGACGCUGACUGCUGGUAUCCCGGCUUACUGACUGUAAUGAAGAACUCGAUUGGUACUUCCGGACCGAAAGCGCAUAGAGUCGAGGAGAUAGUGGUUAUUUGAAGAGAAACAAAACGCCUAUGA